CAAAAAGAAUCACAGGACAUUGUGUCACAUACGUGGAAGGUGCUGUGCCAACAGAGUCACAUGGUAGAAGAUGAACCAUAGAAUGAUGAUUUAAUUUCCACACUUUCGUCACAAUCACAAACCCAAUUAGGUAAAAGCUUUCUAGCACUUUCAGACACAGACCCAACAUGGAGGAUGAGAAGAAGAUCAAUAGUGGUGGAGGGCUAGUGAAGGUGGAACCAAAACCCAGCAAUGGUUUCACUUCAAAAGUGGUUGAUUUUUUGGAGAAUCUGAUUGUGAAGUGCUUGUAUGAUUCUUCACUGCCCCAACACUACCUUUCUGGUAAUUUUGCUCCUGUUCCUGAUGAAACCCCUCCCACUAAGGACCUUCCUGUUAAAGGGUACCUCCCAGAUUGCUUGAAUGGAGAGUUUGUCAGGGUGGGACCUAAUCCGAAAUUUGCUCCUGUGGCUGGAUAUCACUGGUUUGAUGGAGAUGGAAUGAUUCAUGGUUUGCGUAUCAAAGAUGGAAAAGCUACAUAUGUUUCCCGUUUUGUGAGAACUUCUCGUCUUAAACAAGAAGAAUACUUUGGAGGUGCCAAAUUUAUGAAGAUUGGUGAUCUCAAGGGUCUAUUUGGACUGUUAAUGGUUAACAUGCAAAUGUUGAGAGCUAAAUUGAAAGUACUGGAUGUUUCUUACGGAAAUGGAACAGCUAAUACAGCUCUUGUAUAUCACCAUGGGAAGCUUCUAGCACUCUCGGAAGCAGAUAAACCUUAUGCUAUUAAAGUUUUUGAAGAUGGUGAUUUGCAGACACUUGGCAUGCUUGAUUAUGACAAGAGAUUGGGUCAUUCCUUCACUGCUCAUCCAAAAGUUGACCCAUUUACUGGGGAGAUGUUUACAUUUGGCUAUUCACAUACACCACCAUAUAUUACAUACAGAGUAAUUUCAAAGGACGGUUAUAUGCAUGAUCCUGUGCCCAUAACAAUAUCAGAGCCCAUCAUGAUGCAUGACUUUGCCAUCACAGAAAAUUAUGCAAUAUUCAUGGAUCUUCCUCUGUAUUUUAGGCCAAAGGAAAUGGUGAAGAAAAACACACUGAUAUUCUCAUUUGAUGAAACCAAGAAAGCUCGUUUUGGUGUCCUUCCUCGGUAUGCUAAGGAUGAGAAGCAUAUUAGAUGGUUUGAACUACCAAAUUGCUUCAUAUUCCACAAUGCCAAUGCUUGGGAGGAGGAGGAUGAACUUGUUCUUAUCACGUGCCGCCUUGAGAAUCUAGAUUUGGACAUGGUUAAUGGGGCUGUCAAGGAAAAGCUUGAAAAUUUCUCAAAUGAACUGUAUGAAAUGAGAUUUAACAUUAAAACUGGUGAAGCUUUUCAGAAGAAACUAUCAGCAUCUGCUAUAGAUUUUCCUAGGGUGAAUGAAAGCUACACUGGAAGGAAGCAGCGAUAUGUAUACGGGACCACAUUAGAUAGUAUUGCUAAAGUUACUGGGAUUAUUAAAUUUGAUUUGCAUGCCGAACCGGAUUCUGAAAAAACAAAGCUUGAGGUUGGAGGAAAUGUUCAGGGUAUCUAUGACUUGGGACCAGGGAGGUUUGGCUCUGAGGCUGUUUAUGUCCCGCGUGUCCCUGGCACCAAUUCUGAAGAAGAUGAUGGAUACUUGAUCUUUUUUGUACAUGAUGAGAAUAUCCGAAAAUCAUUUGUGCAUGUUAUCGAUGCAAAAACAAUGUCAGCAGAUCCUGUUGCAGUUGUAGAAUUGCCACAUAGAGUUCCAUAUGGUUUCCAUGCCUUCUUUGUGACAGAGGACCAACUGCUAGAACAGGCAAAACUAUGAAAAUGUUGACAGCCUCGCUGUACUGCACUGCCUCAAUAUGUAGACCUGUCUCUACAAAUUAGCAAUUGUCUGUACUAUAUAUCCGGUGCCACAGUAAACAACCUAUUUUACAGUACACAAUUAUAAAAUAAUUACGAAUUAGGCUGUUGUAAAUGCAAGGUAAGGCGUUAUAGACCUCCAUAAUGGCCAUGACUCUUCCUUAAACACUGCACAUAGCAAAAAUUUUAUAGCACCAUGGUUUCGUGUCAUUUUAGCAUGGUUGUUUGCUUAGCACAGUCCUUCAUUGGGUUACUAAUUCGCAUCCUUUG